AUGCUGGAGCAACCUCACAUACAGCUAGCGAAACAACAGAACUCGGGGCGUAUGCAUCGGGUGGUUCUGUAUGAGUGUUGUCCUGGCUACAUGAAGCUGGAAGGCAUGAAAGGAUGCCCUGCAGUGGCUCCUAUAGACCAUGUGUAUGGCACAUUGGGCCAGGUGAAGGCUAGUACCACCCAGGAGUAUUCUGAACUCUCUAAGGUGAGGGAGGAGAUUGAAGGGAAGGGAUCAUUCACCAUCUUCACCCCUAGCAACGAAGCCUGGGACCUGCUGGACCCUGAGGUGCGUAGUGCCUUGGUGAGCAAUGUGAACGUCGAGCUGUACAACGCCCUGCACUACCACAUGGUCAACCGACGCAUGCUAACGAAAGACCUGAAGAACGACAUGUCUAUCACCUCCAUGUACAACAAAAUGGGACUCUACAUCAAUCACUACUCCAAUGGGAUCGUCACAGUGAACUGUGCCAGGAUUAUCCAUGGUAACCAGGUGGCGACCAAUGGGGUUGUACAUGUCAUCGACCGCGUCAUCACCGCUGUGGGCAACACUAUCAAGGAUAUCCUGGAGGUCAACGAAGACCUCUCAUCCUUCAGCGCUGUAGCCUUGGCCUCGGGUGUGAUGGAUAAAAUGGGCCAGCCAGGUCACUUCACCCUGUUUGCUCCCACCAACGAGGCCAUGGAGAACCUCGGGGCCAGCUUCCUGGAACGCAUCAUGGGAGACAAGGCAGUCAUCGAAGCCCUGAUGAACUACCACCUGUUAAACAGUGUGCAGUGCUCUGAGGCCAUCAUGGCCGGGUCUGUGUACGAGACAGUGGAGGGCAGCACCAUUGAGAUUGGCUGUGACGGAGACAGCCUGACGGUCAACGGGAUCAAGAUGGUCCUGAAAAAAGACAUUGUCACCUCCAACGGAGUCAUCCACCUCAUCGACAAGGUCCUCAUACCUGACUCAGCCAAGGAGGUGAUGGAGCUGGUUGGUGAAUCCCAGAGCACCUUCAGUGACAUGGUUUCAGAGCUCGGCCUAUCAGCUGCCAUGAAGCCAGAGACAGAGUACACGCUAUUGGCCCCCCUCAACCCUGCUUUCUCUGGUGAGUACACGCUAUUGGCCCCCCUCAACCCUGCUUUCUCUGGUGAGUACACGCUAUUGGCCCCCCUCAACCCUGCUUUCUCUGGUGAGUACACUUUAUUGGAUCCCCUCAACCCUGCUUUCUCUGGUGAGUACACGCUAUUGGCCCCCCUCAACCCUGCUUUCUCUGAUGAGGUGAUGGCUAUAGACCAGAAUAUGCUCAAGGUGAUCCUACAGAACCACAUCCUGAAGUUUAAACAUACACUGAGUGAACUCUACAAUGGACAACUGCUAGAAACCGUCUCUGGAAAGCUAUUGCGUGUCUUCAUCUACCGCACAGUUUUAACCAGCUUCAUGUCCUUAUGGAGUUUUACUGUGUUAACCAGCUUGGAAUAA